CUGGGGCCCGCCCUGGCCCGGCCCCGCCCCGCGCCGCCCGCUCCCGCGGUGUUAGGACUGACGUGUCUCUCGGCGAAGGUGUUGCGUGCCGGAGCAGGUUCGGCCGCGGGCAGCGUCGCCUCACUCGAGCCGAGCGGAGCCGAAGCGGCACCCGGAGCCCGAGCAGCCGCCGCCAUGGCGAUCAAGUUUCUGGAAGUCAUCAAGCCCUUCUGUGUCAUUCUGCCGGAAAUUCAGAAGCCGGAGAGGAAGAUUCAAUUUAAGGAGAAAGUGCUGUGGACCGCUAUCACCCUCUUUAUCUUCUUAGUGUGCUGCCAGAUCCCCCUGUUUGGUAUCAUGUCUUCAGAUUCAGCUGACCCUUUCUAUUGGAUAAGAGUGAUUCUAGCCUCUAACAGAGGCACAUUGAUGGAGCUGGGUAUCUCUCCCAUUGUCACCUCUGGCCUCAUCAUGCAGCUCUUGGCUGGUGCCAAAAUAAUUGAAGUUGGUGACACCCCAAAAGACCGAGCUCUCUUCAACGGAGCCCAAAAGCUGUUUGGCAUGAUCAUUACCAUUGGCCAAUCUAUCGUGUAUGUGAUGACCGGAAUGUACGGGGACCCUUCUGAAAUGGGUGCUGGAAUCUGCCUGUUAAUCACCAUUCAGCUCUUUGUUGCUGGCUUAAUUGUCCUACUUUUGGAUGAACUUCUGCAAAAAGGGUAUGGCCUGGGCUCUGGUAUCUCCCUCUUCAUUGCCACGAACAUCUGCGAGACCAUUGUGUGGAAGGCAUUCAGCCCCACUACUGUCAACACUGGCCGAGGAAUGGAAUUUGAAGGUGCCAUCAUUGCACUGUUCCAUCUACUGGCCACACGCACUGACAAGGUCCGAGCCCUUCGAGAGGCGUUCUACCGCCAGAAUCUCCCCAACCUCAUGAAUCUGAUCGCCACCAUCUUUGUCUUUGCAGUGGUCAUCUAUUUCCAGGGCUUCCGAGUGGACCUGCCCAUCAAGUCUGCCCGUUACCGAGGCCAGUACAACACCUACCCUAUCAAGCUCUUCUACACCUCCAACAUCCCCAUCAUCCUGCAGUCCGCCCUGGUGUCAAACUUGUACGUCAUUUCUCAGAUGUUGUCAGCCCGCUUCAGUGGCAACCUGCUGGUCAGCCUGCUGGGCACCUGGUCUGAUACGUCUUCCGGGGGUCCAGCACGUGCUUAUCCAGUUGGUGGCCUUUGCUAUUACCUGUCCCCUCCAGAAUCUUUUGGCUCCGUGUUAGAAGACCCUGUCCAUGCCGUUGUCUACAUAGUGUUCAUGCUGGGCUCGUGCGCAUUCUUCUCCAAAACGUGGAUUGAGGUCUCAGGCUCUUCUGCCAAAGAUGUUGCAAAGCAGCUGAAGGAGCAGCAGAUGGUGAUGAGGGGCCACCGAGAGACGUCCAUGGUCCAUGAACUCAAUCGGUACAUCCCCACUGCUGCAGCCUUUGGUGGGCUCUGCAUCGGGGCCCUCUCUGUGCUGGCUGACUUCCUGGGCGCCAUCGGGUCUGGAACUGGGAUCCUGCUCGCAGUCACGAUCAUCUACCAGUACUUUGAGAUCUUUGUAAAGGAGCAAAGCGAAGUUGGCAGCAUGGGGGCCCUUCUGUUCUGAGCCAUGUCUCCCCUGGACCAGGGAGGGGAGGCGUGCUCCGGAUUGCUGAGGCAGGGAAACAACAAAACCUCACUGUGGGAGCUUCAUCACAGCGAGUGCUGCUAUGGCAUAUGGACUUUGUUUAAUAAUGUUUUCGAAUUUCAUAUUCUUUCAUUCCACUUGGUAAAGUCCUAGAAAUUUUCCAAUUUGAAAUUUUGUUUUUCAUUCUGGCAUUGGCAGAAUGAACUGUAGAAGUGAGGUUUCAUUCAGCUGACUGCCAGAGGUGGGGAUGGUAAAUGACUGUCCCCAAGCGUCCACAUAACUUUUGUUUUAACCUUUGCACCUUCUCAGUGCCAUCGGCAGCUGCAGUGGUCUUAGCUGUUCCCCCACGCAGGGAAUGUCUUGUUGGAGAGAAGCACAAACACGGUGAAUGGUCUGUGUUUCGUUGUGGCAGUGGGGUGUGAGGCUAGGAGCAGACCAUGUGUUUUCUGGUGGAUGUGGGCAACUCACUGGCCUGUCCCCUUCCCAGUCAGG